AUGGUUGCACCUGCUGUUAUUAGUGAAUAUGUCGAUCAUGAAUUGAGUGCCAAUUUAGAUUCAACUUUUGCUUUUGAAGGUCCUGAAAAAUUAUUAGAAAUCUGGUGUUGGCCAGAUGAAGACAUUGACAUUGUUAAAGAUUCCGUCAGUUAUACUGAUAAUGGUAUUAGAUUACAAGGUUUAAGAACCAUCCCAUUUGAGAACUGGGUUAAACUUUUAGAUCUUGUCAGUUGUAAAAUUUUAUCAGUUAAGUCAUCCAAAUUUAUGGAUGCUUAUUUAUUAUCAGAAUCUUCGUUAUUCGUUUUCCCUCAUAAGAUUAUCUUGAAAACUUGUGGAACAACAACAACAUUAUUCUGCUUGGAUGAAUUAUUCGAAGUAAUUCAAAAAUUCAUCUCCAAGAAGUUCACUUCUAAAGAUAUUUAUAAAAUCUUUUAUUCCAGAAGAAGUUUUAUGUUUCCAGAAAAACAACAACUGGUUCAUAAAGAUUGGAAGAACGAAGUCAAAUUAUUAGAUAAUCAUUUCAUUAAUGGGAAAUCUUAUGUCGUUGGAAAUUCCAAUUGUGAUGAUCAUUGGUAUUUAUAUACUGGAGGUAAAAUUGAAAAUGAAGAAGAUGAUUGUGAAGUGGACUCUGAAGUUGAAUCUAACAUUUUCAGAUUAAAAGAUCAAACUUUUGAAAUUUUAAUGACUGAUUUACAUCCUGAAAAUGCUGAACAAUUUGUUACUUCAAGAACUCCAGGUUAUCAAUCAUUAAUCAAUAACGGAGCUGAAGAAGAUGAUUUGGGUCAUGAAUUUGGUUUGAAGACUAUGGCUUCCAGUAAAUUAGAUUCAGUGUUCGAAAAAGAUUAUAACUUCCAAGAUUUACCCUCACCAAAGGAAAAUUUUGAUGACACUGACCAAAUGGUUGGAGAUGUUAGCGAUUUGAAUUUUAUUCAUGAUGCCUUUUCAUUUUCUCCUUGUGGUUAUUCAUCCAAUUCGAUUUCUUCAAAUAAUGGAGGUUAUUAUUAUACUUUACAUAUUACACCAGAAUCAGGUUGGUCAUAUGCUUCAUUUGAAACCAAUUAUCCAUUUUCACCAAAUUCUGUUUCCAUUUCGGAUGUUUUAUUCAAAGUAUUGAAGAUUUUUAAACCAGGGAAAUUCUCUGUCACUUUAAUCAGUGAAGAAGAUUCAAAUGAUGAUAUCUUCAAUUCUUUAACUAAAUGCGAUAAGGCAUUGAAAAAGAUCAAUUACAAGAAGAAUGAAAAAAUCAUUUAUGAUUUGAAUAAUAACUAUAAGUUGUUAUAUUUACACUUCGAAAAGAAUUAG